UGGAUCUCGCGGGCCGUGAUUUAACCGAUUAUCUGAUGAAAAUCCUGACCGAAAGAGGCUAUAGUUUCACGACAACAGCCGAGCGAGAAAUCGUGAGAGAUAUCAAAGAGAAGUUGUGUUACGUCGCGCUCGACUUCGAGCAGGAGAUGGCGACCGCCGCCUCCUCGUCGUCGUUGGAGAAGUCGUACGAACUCCCAGACGGACAGGUGAUCACUAUCGGCAACGAGCGCUUCCGUUGCCCCGAAGCCCUCUUCCAGCCCUCCUUCUUGGGUAUGGAGUCGUGCGGUAUUCACGAAACCACUUAUAACUCGAUCAUGAAGUGUGACGUCGACAUCCGUAAGGACCUGUACGCCAAUACCGUACUGUCGGGCGGCACCACUAUGUAUCCCGGAAUCGCUGAUCGCAUGCAGAAAGAGAUCACAGCAUUAGCGCCGUCGACGAUGAAGAUCAAGAUCAUCGCUCCCCCGGAGCGCAAGUACUCGGUUUGGAUCGGGGGCUCAAUUCUGGCC